AUGCUGAAUUACGUUUCGCGGCCGGCGCGGCGCCUGGCCCUCGUUUUUGGCUUUGCUGAAUUCGACCUUGGGUGUGCCGUGACGGGGCUUGAGUUUACGUACAUGCCGGGUGUGAGAGGCACUGAGGUUUUGGAAAAGGUGCUGCCGCCUAGUCCGAGGAAGAAGAAUGUUAACUGGACGGGCAAGACGGGGAGCUGGAGGGCGCAUAUGAACGUAUUACAACGCCCAAGACUUCGCCCUCGCCACCCGCGCCUACCUCCAACCCUUGCGCAACGACCCUCCCGCACCCUCGCGGGCCAGUACCCCGCCCUCGCCAAGACGCUCCAAGACGACGACUACUCCCUCGACCUCUCCUCCGCGCCCGCCACGCUCGAACCCGGCGCGGAAGCGUCGCCCUACGGAGAAGGCUGGGACGUGCUCUGGUUAGGCCACGUGGGGAGCCACCUCCCCGCCGACUGGCUGAGCCGCAAAACCAACGCCAACGGGGAAGGAGAAGGCGCGCCGCCGCCCUUGUCUUUGCUCACGCUCCUCGCGCGCGGGGACGAGACGGUGGCGGACAAACGACACCUGAAGCGGCACCCGUUCGCGGACCGGAUCGACGAUUUCGCGGAGCGGUACGAGGACGCGCACACGCGCGUGGUGCACGAGGCGCGCGGGACGUCGGGGAUCCAGGCGUACGCGACGUUUACGAGCAGCUACGACCUCUUGCUGCGGGAUUGGUGCGACGGGGUGUACGCGGGCUCCGCUACCGCCGGGGGUAAGGGGGCAGAGGGCGCGAACGGGUUCGGUUCGGCGGACGGCGAGGAGAGGCCGGUGUGCGUGACGACGCAGCCGCCGCUCAUGAGCCAGUACUACUCCAAGGGGGAAGCGAUAUCCACGGCAUCGGUGGGGGUAUUUUAA